UCCAGUAUUGAAUGUGUGUGACUUCACACAUGCCUUAACAGAUGUAUGUAUCUGUUUGACAGAUAAUGAGGUUUAUGUAAAUGUGAUCAUACCAUCUAAUUGUGUAUUGUUUUAUCUGAUGUUUUUCUCACUUUUUAUCCUUUGAUCAUUGUUCUUGUCUAUUUGCUCCCCGGGGUGAUGUUUUAAAAGUCAUGUUUUUUCCCCUCCAACCCCUUUAACUGACACCCCAAUAAACUAUUGAAAAAGUGUUUAAUACACGAGUUAAAACAUUGUUGGUUAUAAUAAUGGGACUGUGUAACAGUCUUGUACAGCGCUGGAGUUUGCCUCCAGUUAAAGCACCGGGUAUAAAUUGCUGAAUAAGCCAUGUGCUUAUUUUGGAAGUAGGGUAGUGGAGCGCGUGUUGCAUUGUGGCAACGUGCCAUUGCAUCUGAUUCUGCUCAAGACUUUCACAGGAAAGUAGCCUAAUUAAUACCCGUUGCCAAAUAUUAUCUAAUUGUGUGGCUAGGCCUAUAUUAGCGAGCAUGUCAGGUGGCAUUGGAGAGCCUAUAUUUAGGCUUUUUCAUAACGAUUUUUCCAUUCCAGCAUAAUUAUUUUUUGUUGCAUAUUGGUUUUUGCACACAACCAAACAAUACAAAAAUGAACUAUAAUAUUUCACAAUUCACCCUGUAUUUACGCUCAGUAUGCAUGGUUACACCUGUCCAUAGGCACUUCAUUGGGCAUCUAUAUAUUUGCGUUGGUGAUGUAUAGGCUUCCUAAAAAGGUUGUAGAUGUAUUUAUUUUUUUGGACAACAAUAGGGGUUGAAAUAGCCUAGGCUUGGAUGUAGAAGAUUGACACCCAAUAUGCAGAUUUUUAGGUCUCUAUCGUGCCGAAUGAAUGAAGUCAAACUUCAUGCGAUUGGUUUGUAUCAGAGACCUUGGGACGAUAAGGUUAAUUUUGCAAAACGAUGAUUCUGAUAUAAUUGGCUUUACAUUACCGAACCCUCAUUAGUUUGAAUGGUAUCAGCAAUUUUUUAUCUUGUAUUCUUUUGAACUUAACAACAUGAAUUGGGUUAUUUAAAGUACCAUAUAGGUAGAGAACAUUGAAUAAAACAAGGCUAUGCCAAUAACACUUUUUUAAAUAAAAAUGCAGAUAGAACCUUAGUCCCAAGUUCUCGUAAUGGCACACUGCUCCGUCGGAAUAGUGGUUGUGACUAAUGUUGCAAUAAUAACGACUUUGAAACCAUGUUUGGGACGACUGACAAUAUUGCUAUACUAAAGUAAGAAAGUAACUAGUGUGCUCCCUAUCGCGCAAAAUAAAGACUUAACCUCAUCUGCGGAUUUGCACAACUGAAAAGCAUCUUCUUCGUGUCAUUCGAAUUCCAGACACGUUGACAAUAUUAGUGGGCCUAAUAAUACGUCGUCAAAGCACAUUCAAUUAGAAAAGCUAAUGAUACAUUUCUGAGUGUAUCCUAUCUUUGUAUAUGCAAAAUAUGAAACAAAAUGCUACCGCAGUGAUUCAACAUGAGCGUGAUUCAACGUCGGCGUAGGCCUGCUGCCGUGGAGAAACAAUUUGGCUACACCGGGUUUAUCGACACAGUUAAAACAUUUCAGUUUAAUGAGUCUGACUGCGGAACAAAGAGCUCCGUCGCGGGCAUCAACGAAACUCCCUUUCUCAUUCAUAUAGGACAAACAAAGCCCCCUCCUCGUGGGGAUGGAUCGCCAUUAUAGAACUCGGCAUCUUUUCUCAAUUUGCAUGUAGGCCCAUAUCGACCUAUGUGCAUUUCAUCUGCCUGUGUAAGACUCCCAGACAAUAUUAAAAUAGACUGGCAUCCCCAGACCCAGCCAUUUCUAAUGACAGGUCUAGACUACUAAUACCUAUCCUGAUGUGAGAUUUAUGUAUUUCCCUGUAAAGCAGUAAUUUAUUUGAUACAUUUGUGUGGGGGGGAAAUGACAGGUGAAUUUGUAUUCUCAUAUUUUCUCUGUUUAUUGGCCGACAUGGAACACACAUAUUGCUAUUGUCCAUUGUAAGUAACUGUUCUCUCUUCCAUAUUUCUCUCCUUCUCUCCAUGCUGUCUAUUCCCACUUUCAGAUAGCAACCAGGUAGGCUACUGCUGGAUUGGCAAGACCAGACCAUGUCUCCUCUCACACCUCCUCCCCUGCUGUGGUUAUGGCUGACCCCUAUCUGUCCCUCUGGGUAGCUGGGAAAGAUGCCCUAUCCCCAACGACCAAUCUCAUCCAGCAGGCCAACCAGGAGACUGAGAGGACAGGAUGGACUAGACUAGCAUCUAGAAGUUGCGUACGUCUCAGCCCUUCUCAGCUCUUACAACAACUACCUUCCAAACUCUCGAACUCUCCCAUUAGACUACACUACUCUGUGUUGCUGCUGUUCUGUGUUUAUCCCUCACAUUGCUACCAGGACUGUGCAGCUAGGCUUUAGGCUGGACUGUCUGUUAGAAUGCACAGGUCCAAGGGAGGGCCUGGCCCCCCACCCUUCCAGGACAUCUAUGAAUUCUCCACGGACGGUGACGAGACCGGGACCCAGAUCUUUCUGCGGGGCCCGAGGAUAGCCAUGGAGUGCCCAGGGGUGCCCCUGUCCCCUCACUCCGAAUAUAUCCAGACUGAGCACCAGCAAGGCGGUCUCUUCUCUCUCGGCCCCCCCGCCCAUGGAGUGCCCCACGCUGCCCCCCAGGGUAAGAAGAGGAGGCGGUGCGGCGUGUGUGCACCCUGUAUACAGAAGGAGAAUUGUGGCACCUGCAGCAACUGUAUGAACCGUAAGAUUGGGAAGCAGAUAUGUAAGCUGCGUAAAUGUGACCAACUGAAGAAGAAGGGACAGAAGGACUGUGAGGUGGGACAUAUUGAGGACUACAGUAAAGCCUGGUCGGUAAAGCCCAGUCUGGCAACAGAGACUGUUUCGGACACUGGUUCAGUGGAUGGCCCCAGAAGAGGAGGCCAGAUGGAAACUGGGUCACAUGACCGCCUCGAAGAAGGCGGUUCGUUGAGCCUGGAACCGACCAAUGGGGUGAGCCGGCAACCCAGUGACACCAAUGAGGAGGGUGGAGCCGGCCUGGACACCCAGAGGGAGCCCCAUCGGUCAGGGAGUGUUCCCCCAGGACAGGGUUGGGUACCUGGGCAGGGCAAAGCCCCUCAACCCCAGAAGCAGCUGCCCUGCAGUGGCUGGAGCAGUAGUGGUAGGACUCCAGGGAAGCCCGUCCACGAGGCAGACAUGGAGGACGCACGCAAUCUGGUAGCCUUCUCAGCCAGCGUUAAUGUGGGCUCCCUGGCCCCCAUCCCCGAGGCCCAGUCCUACACCGCCCAGCUGUAUGAGAAGUUCAACCAGGAGAUGGGCACUGCUAAGGGGGCCGCGGCUCAAGCCAGGCUCCAAGCCCCAGAGGGAGGGGACCAGGCUAGCCCCCCAGAGGACUUGAACACCCUGCAGACCACCCUGAAGACCGCCCUGAGCCAAGCGAGGCACGGCCACAAGCCCCCAAACUGUGACUGUGAUGGGCCGGACUGCCCAGACUACUUGGAGUGGCUGGAAAAGAGGCUCAAACAGGCGGGGGCAGGGGAGGAGCAGGACAACAACACACCCUGUUCCAAGAUGGCCGCCGACACGCCGCCUCAUCAACAGCCACCACAUUCACAACAGCCCCCUCACCCCCACCAUCGUCCUCACCCCCAUGUCAAUGGAGGUAACCCGCCCUCCUGUCCACCCCUUCACCCACACCAACAGGGCCAACGCCCAGGCUCUGUCCCCUGCUCACCUCAGGUCCUCUCCAUCGCCAAGGAGAAGAACGUCAGUCUGCAGACGGCCAUAGCCAUCGAGGCCCUGACCCAGCUGUCUGCCACCGUACCCCAGACUGUGGUCCCUCCUGCCCAGGCCUCCUCCACCAGCCACCAACAACCCCCUCUACACCCCCAGCACGACAACCGCUUGCUCCCCUCCUCCCCCAGCCCCAUGUCCUCUUUGUCCUCCUCGCGGUCACAAUCUGUCCCCCCUGGACUGUACCCCCAGCAGAGCUCCGCGUCGUGGGAGCAGCAGCACAGACCCCAGUCCCAGGGUCAACCGGCCCACGCCUCCCCUCUCCCGUCCUCCACUUUGCUUUUCCCCGGGCAGACCCAGGCAGGCAGCCCCCACCCUCAGCAGUGGCAGCAGCAGCAGGCCCCUGGAGGAAUCCAAGAGCAGAGGAACCAGUGGAUGAUGAUGAACUCAGACUCCCAGCAGUCUCACUUCGCCCCUCCAUCUGGUGGCCACAGCGUUGGCGACCCCAUGUCCGAGCUCAAACAGCUACUGGGGGACUCCAGCGGAAAGUACAUAAAUGACCCCUUCAAGCUGCCUAUCCCACACCACCACAUCAAGCAGGAAUCAGGGAUGCCUCAGGUCAAGCAGGAGGUCAACUCUGGGGAGUACCAGAGCGCUGCCUGUGCCUACAUGGGCGGUCGCUACGGCCUGAUGAACGGCCAGCAGCAGCCUGGGUAUCCUGGUCCACCUCUCUCCGCGGGCAGCGCAGCCAUCCACUACUCCACCCAGACAGCCCUGCAGCAGCACCUUCACCACAAGAGGAACCUCUUCUCUAAUCCUCCCGGCCCCCCAGGCCUCUGCCCUCCACGGCCCACCCAGGCCUGCCAGAACCUCCGCAAGUGGUGGCCCCAACAGAUGGGCCCCGAGGGCCACCUCAUCCCUGUGGCCAUCAAGCAGGAGCCCAAGGAGCCCAAGAGGAGGAAGAGCACGGCGGGGACAUCGCCGCUCCUCAAGCAGCAACCAGGGAUGCUGCUCUAUCCAGGUCCAAAACCCAAGACGAUAGUCAUCAAGAAAACCAAGCAGAAGGUCUCCCUGCCAACCUUCCUGCCUCACAGCCAGAUCUCCAUACAGAAACCGUCUCCACUGAUCGGAGCCCUGCCUCUGGCCAGCGCCCAUUCAGGUUCUCUCCCUUUCCCUACCGUCCCCCUCCUCAGUAACCCCACUCAGGCUGCCGCAGGCCUCCCAACCCCGGCCCAAUCUCAGGUAUCCAUUUUAAACUCUUCUAUUGCACGCUCUGUCACUGCUCCUGCCUUCUCUGUAAACAGUCCAGCCGUCUCAACCCCUCUGCCUCUCCCUGCAGCCCCGGACGCCCCGGCUAGCUCAGGGGAGGCCGGCGCCACACAGACCUCCACCACCUCUCAGUCCAUACCAGGCCUCAGCUCCCUGGACCCCAAGUUUGAGGAGCUGAUCCUCCAGUUCGAGGCAGAGUUCGGGGACAGUUCAUCCUCGGCCCCAGUGCCCUGCCCUCCUCAAAUCCAGCCUCAGGACCAGUCCCCCUCAGCCUCAGCCCAGCCCGUGGUGAUAGAUUCUCAGCCCAACAUUACCUCAGGACAAGCCAGGCCCGCAUCACCGUCCAGCGCCGCCACCGCCACCCCGUCCUGCAGCCCCACUCCCUUAGCUUCUACAACAGCCCCACCAGCAGACCAGGACAUGGAGGUGGACACGGAGAAUGUGACAAGGGGUGUGAGUGAAGCAUCCUAUACCUCCGCCACACAGCCCUCCACUGAGAGCCCCAUGGAGGAGCAGCCCGAGGGGGCCCAGUUGCCUCUCUCGCUGCGCCAAGAGGCCCAUCUGGAGCAGCUGCAGCACCGCGUCCUUGAAGACCCCUUCACCGUGCCUCUCUCCCCCUCCGCGUCCCCGCUGCCCAAGCACAUGAAGAUCGAGACCAAUGGGAACGUGGCUGUCCUCUCCACCACUGGAUCAUUCUCUGAGGGGGGCGAGGACGACACCCCCACUAAGGACGGCUUCCCCCUCAACCCCUCCCUAAAAGGCUUCCUGGAGUCGCCGCUACGCUACCUGGACACGCCCACUAAAAGCCUGCUAGACAUCCCCGCCAAGGACCUCCAGGCUGAGUUCCCCACCUGCGACUGUGUCGAGCAAAUCCUAGAGAAGGAUGAGGGUCCGUACUACAAUCACUUAGGCUCUGGGCCCACUGUGGCCUCCAUUCGAGACCUGAUGGAGACCAGGUAUGGAGAGAAGGGAGAUGCUAUCCGUAUUGAAAAGGUAGUCUACACCGGCCGGGAAGGAAAGAGCUCUCAGGGAUGUCCCAUCGCCAAGUGGGUGAUUCGUCGGGGCAGCGAGACAGAGAAGUUGAUGUGUCUGGUGCGUCCCCGGACGGGUCACCACUGUCCCAACGCCUUCAUCAUCAUCCUCAUCAUGGCGUGGGAGGGCGUGCCCCGGGCGCUAGGCGACAAGCUCUAUCGAGAGCUCUCCGCCACCCUCACACAGUUCGGCAACCCCACUAGCCGCCGCUGUGGACUCAACGACGAUCGUACGUGCGCGUGCCAAGGCAAGGACCCCGACAGCUGUGGAGCUUCCUUCUCCUUCGGCUGUUCCUGGAGCAUGUACUUCAACGGCUGCAAGUACGCCCGCAGCAAAACACCACGCAAGUUCAGACUAACAGGAGACCACCCCCAAGAGGAGGAUCAACUCAGGGAUAACUUCCAGGAUCUGGCCACUGAGGUGGCUCCCCUGUACAAGCAGCUGGCCCCACAGGCCUACAGUAACCAGUGUCAGAAUGAGACGAAAGCCACAGACUGCAGGUUGGGUCUGAAGGAAGGGCGGCCGUUCUCCGGCGUCACCGCCUGCAUGGACUUCUGUGCCCACGCCCACAAGGACCAGCACAACCUCUACAACGGCUGCACCGUGGUGUGCACUCUGACUAAAGAGGACAACCGUAAGGUGGGGGAGAUCCCAGAGGACGAGCAGCUCCACGUACUUCCCCUCUACAAGGCCGCCCUCACAGACGAGUUCGGCAGCGAGGAGGGCCAGCGGCAAAAGAUGCGUACAGGCGCCAUUCAGGUGCUCAACAACUUCCGCCGCGAGGUCCGCAAGCUGCCCGAGCGCGCCAAGUCCUGCCGUCAGCGUCGCCUGGACGCUAAGAACCGCGCCUCCGAGAAGAAGAAGGGCAAGCAGCAGCCGCCAACGCCCACAGAGACGCCGGAGAAACCCGGGAUCAAGAUGGAGGUCCGGCACGCUGGCUCCCCUGUCAGACAGAAUGGCAAUAAAGCCAUCCCUAAGCAAGAGGUGAAGCCCACCAUAAAGAAGGAGCCAGUGGACCAGCGCUUCCAGCCCUUCCAUGGUCAGCUGGAGGGCUACCCUGCCCAGGCUGCAGACCCCUACCACGUCUACCCCUCCCACCCUGGCUACUACGCACAGGGUGGCCUCUCUUCCAAUGGCCAGCCCCCUGCACUUCCACCUCCACCAGGCCCUGUCAAUGGCUACCGCCCUAAUCUACCGGCAGCACUGCCCUAUGGCUACUACAACUACCCCCUCAACCCUAGCACAUUUUUCCCCCAUGAGCUCACUUACGAGGGCUGCAACGGCUCCUGGCACCACAUGGGGCCCAAGUUUUCCCCCAGUCCUGUGGACAAGAAGCCAGACGUUCAGAGCCUCCAGGCGAGGCUGGCUCACUCCUACUCGAGCCCAGGCCACCUCGAGCAGCAGCAGCACAGAGACCCAGCCAACCAACGCAGCGCUUACCCUCACCAGCCUGACUACAACCAAUCACGUCCCUCCUCAGUCUCCUCAGAGCCCUCCCACAGAGGGACCCCCGUCAUCAAGCAGGAGCCCAUGGAUAUGCCAGUUUAUAAGGGGGUCAAUGCCCAGAGCUGUCCCGGCACGCCAAGCACCACCCCACAGCCUGGCGCUGCUGGAGGGCCCUGGCAUGGGCACAAGCCCAACGGCAUUAGGGUGCCCAGCAGUUGGGAAGGCAACCUCCAACCACCAGGCCCCCCGGAGGCUCCCUUCACUUCAGACAAGCAGCAGUUCCACCAGCAGGGACCUCAGCAGACUUUCCAGUCCCCAUACCCCCAAGAGCAGCAUCAGCAUCCCCCACAACAGCCCUCCCCAUACUCCCAGCAGUGGAACUCUUACCAUGGCCCAAACACCCCCACAGCCUCCCCUGCGCCCUCCCCGUCCCCCUCCAUAAAGAUACCCCCGUCCCCCUUUCCCUCCUCACACCCCGGCACCCCCCGCCACUGGGACAGCCCUGAUUCCAGCCCUCAGCCUAAGGCUUGGCCCAUGGGCAUGGUUCCUGCUGGUUACAGCCCCAGUCCCACCGGAGGCUUCCCCGACACGAUGUGGUCCAAGGCGGGCGAGAGUUGGGGCUCGACCCCCUUGGGGCUCCAGGAGAAGGCCUGGAAGUCUUCCGGAGGCUCUAUGGCAGGUACACCGUCCCCGGCCCCAGAGGGACGCUUGUUCCCCGAUGCCCUACAGCAGUCGGAUGGACAGUCCCAGGCUGAGACUCCUCGCAACCUCGAAGAGGAAGAGCGGUGGUCAGACAGCGAGCAUAACUUCUUGGACCCCAGCAUCGGAGGGGUGGCGGUGGCGCCCGCCCACGGGUCCAUCCUGAUUGAGUGCGCCCGGCGCGAGCUGCACGCCACCACACCGCUCAAGAGGCCCGACCGCUCUCACCCCACCCGCAUUUCCCUGGUGUUCUACCAGCACAAGAACAUGAACCAGCCGUGCCACGGCCAGUGGAUCUGGGAGGCCAAGAUGAAGAUGCUGGCGGAGCGGGCUAGAGAGAGGCAGCAGGAGGCAGCUCUACUGGGGCUGCCCUACGAGGACAUCAAACAUGGGAAGAAACGCAAAUUGGGGGCCACGGCAGCAGGGGCCAGCCCGGGGCCUGGCCAGACCAUGGACAAGAGAGAGGGGCCGGUGACGCGGCUGGCCCCCACGCGACACACCACCUCUACCGUCACUGUAUCCCCCUACGCCUUUACCACCCUCACCGGGCCCUACAGCCACUUUGUGUGAGGAUGGAUGGACACACAGACACCGACUGGUGGAGGGAGAGAGGGCUGAGCAGUCCAGGGAGGAGUGUCUCAGCCCUUCCUUUAGUCCUGUGUCUCUCUCCAUCCAUCUCUUCCUGCUCUGUGUCCUCUGGGCUAGAAGGAGGGGGACUACUGGUUUAACCCCUCGUUUUGUUUGUUUUUUACCUCAUGUCAGGCAGCAGUUUGGACCAAACCCUGGACCAUACAGACACACUGCCUGUGGUGCUCGUCCUCUUUCCUCCGCGGGGGGACUCCAUCGCUUCUCCUUCUUCAUAGAAUUUUAAUGAUCCUCCUAAUUAUCACUAUUAUUAUCAAUAUUAUUACGAUUGCUAUUGUUACUGUCAAUGUUGUUAUUACAGGUAUUGUUAUUUUUAUGAUGCUGAGUUGAUUCGUUUUUUUUUGCUGAUAUGGUUGUUUUGUCAUUAAUGUUGUUAUUAAUGAUGUGAUUGGUUUUGGUUUUGUCUUUGACCGAGGGGGUUCUGUCUCUCAGUCGGAUCUUUAUUUUUUCCCAUAUUUCUGGAAAUCUGCCCAUUUCUUUGUUGUUUUUCCUUUGGCCUUUGACAUCCUUGUGACUGUACUUGGAGAAUGGCCUUUCUCAGCACUGCACGGCUCCUCAAGACAGCCUUUCCAGCAUAGAACUCUAAACAUUUGAAUCACUAAUCAUUACCAAAAGAGUGAAGAGAAGCGCCACCACCCACAGAAACUUCUGGGAACCAUCCGUUUUUUUAGCAACGUCCCCAAACUCAUGCCUUUUUUAAAAACUCCUGUCUUGUCUGCCGUGCUGUGAAGAGAAGGGGUCUUCUCUCGUCAUUGUUACUCUCACCCUACCAAUCCACCUCACCCUAUUGGUGCUUCAUGUUGACCUUCAUCCUUUUCACAGGGAGGAUGUCAGUCACUCCAUUUCUCUACUCUUCAUGGCACUAGAUGCUGAAUAUAAGGAAGGGUGCUUUUAUGGCAUAGACGUAGAGUGAGUAGAACAACAGGCACUAGAAGUCCUCAUCAUCCUUCAGGUGUUGGUUGAGAGAUCUAUCCCUCCAGUUCUAUGACUCCCCUGUAAGCCCCUGUAACAUGGUGCACUGAUACACACAGACACACGCACGCACACACAAAGCUCUUGUCAUCCAGCCAGCACAGAGCAAUGCCUUACUGCUUUAAACCACCGAAGCAUGGCCGCUAAAGUCUGGUCCUUCCAAUGACCGCAGGCAGCACGGGCCACGCAAGGCCUUUACACUGAAACCGGAGACAUUGAUGGGAAUAGUGUGUGGACAGAAAUGCACUCCUAAACACACACUGGUGCUUUCUCUACACAUGUCGACACACAAAGGGCUCAGUCAGUCAGUCCUGCUUUCUGCAUGGUGCUGUUGGUUGUCUUGAAGCAGAGCUAGGUUUGUCUCUAUGCAUACAUUGUCACAACAGAGCCAGUAAAAACGUAUUCACCAAUCCUGGCUGCCUCCUGCAUUGGCCCUAAGUCAUCAAGUGUUGCAGUCAGUGGGUUGAGCCCCAGCUGUCUCUAUCUAAUGUGCACCACAGUGGACUGGGCUAUAAGAGGUUGUGAAUCUUUUUCCCACAUCAUGCACUAAGAUCCUCCUCAGCCUGUUAGAGAGGCCUCUCACUCAGUGCAGCGCUGCAUGUUUUAUCCAGCUCUUAGCUUUGUGUGUGUGUGUGUGUGUGUGUGCGUGCGUGCAAGAACCAGAGCCUGCUUGGUGCUCACUUCUGAGGAGAAAAACCCUGGUGCUUAUGAAGCUGUCGAUAUAGAGCUCUCUAUACCUCAACGUUGCAGAGACACUGGUCACGGUUGCAAAAAGCUAGGAACACACACAGGCACCGCAGAGAAACAUGAAAAACAUCAGUCCACAGCUUCCCUGUGUGCUCUCUUAUCUAAACUCAUUUUAAUCCACUUUUUUUAUUGUUAUUUAUUACAUGAUAAUGAUGAUUGUUUUUCUUUUCUUUUUUUAUAUAGGUAAUACAAAUUGUACAUACAGAAGAAAAGAUUUUAUAAAAGCACUUUUAAUCUUGAAAAAAUAACAGAUUAUUGACAACUUGAAGCUUUGUUUUUUUUGGUUUGUGUUUUUUGAGGGGGGGAGAGAUAAAAAAAAAAUGUAAAUAUUUAAAAUAUUUAGGUAAGAUUAUUUAACUGGUGAGGGAUAAUGACUAAAUCAUGAAUGAUUCCAGGCUUUUAAGUCCAGUCAGUUUGUCAGACAGCCUUCAGCAGCAGAAAGCAACACAGAGAUUUCCAAUGUUGUUGUGUCUGUUAAUGUAUACUCAAUACUGCUGUCCGGAUUUCAUUAGUACUGUACUACACGAUACCUCUGACAGCAACCAACCAGUCCCCCUUCAUGAGAAGAGAUAGACCUAAUCAGUAAUCAGGCUGCUUAUAAACCUGAGUAUGAUAUCUAGCUAUCCGUUCUGAGAACCAAUGCUAAACGAAGGGCUCUCUAAUCAAUCCGUAUCGCAGAAAUUCAGUGGUAAAGCCCAAUUGAAAUUUAAACGAAACCGUCCGGUGUUGGAAGAGACGGGCGUUCACGCUAAAUGCAUCACAUGUCGGCGAAAUCGGGAAAUGACUACAUUUCUAUCACGAAAUCUGUAACGCUUCAACAAUACGGAUUGAAUAGAGCUCAAAAUAUUUAUUUUUUAUUUUUUUUAAACACGAGAAUCAAACAGGUGCAGAAUCAAACUCAUCAGAAAUGUGUGAGAGAACUCUAGUGACAGAGGUGAGGUGUAGCCCCAGCAAUCUAUCUUGUUCAUUGUGUUAGACUAUGAGGUGAGAGGUUGCCACCACCGUAACUCAUUUUUAAUGUGGUUGUUGGUUAUUAUUAUCAAUGAUAGUGAUUAUAACAGUAGUGACGGAUGUAACCGUAAUGAAAAACCAUGACAACUUACCACUUGUAGUACCCGACUGAAGGUACAGUGCAUUACUGGAAGACACCAGAUAAUACCUGGUAGUAUAGUUUGUAAUAUUGUCUUUUGUUAAUUGUCAUAGAUUGUCACAGACAUGACCAACAGGACUUUGACUAACUUAGGGACUGGGGGGAAAAUAUGCCUGUUCCUUUGUCUCACAACUAGUCAUGAUCCGGUUUCAAUUGUAUUCUAUUCUCACUGUUAGAACAAACUCCCCCUUUCAGAACGACAAUGCAUGAGUCACACACAGUUAUAAUGAUCCAGUCAUAUUUAUGAUCCGUAUGUAAUAAUGGGUGCUGAUCAUUAUGUUCUUCAGAUGAAUUUUGUAAAUUUCUAUUCAAGACGUGAUGGAAAUAACAGAAAAAUGCUCAAAGGAGGCUGGUGCUAUGGUGCCCCCCCCCCCCCCCCCCCCCCCCCGUGGGAUAGUGUGUGUGUGUUGGGGGAGGGUUAUAUCACUGAUAUUUUUUAGAGCUCUUAGAAUGAUAAGAGGAACUAUUAUUUGAAAUAUGUUAGUUUCAGUGGAUGGGGAACUUCUCCGGUGCUGAUCUUAUGGGAAUUUCCCAUUCAUGUUCAAGGCAGUGAACAAAAAAAAAUGACAACUGUUGAAUUGAAGCACUCACACAUUUCAUACAUACACUUUUAUUAAUCCUUGUCCCCAUAAGGUACUUUAAACUGGUAUGGGGAUUGAAUGAUCAUAUUAUAUUGAAGUGAACAGACUGUUAUCUUAAUUGAAAACUUUUUGCAGUGUAUGUGCGGAAGCUAUUCUAUUAAACAUGACUGUUUGGGUAUGUUGUACAUUUUAAUGGUGAGGGGAGAAUGUUAAAAUAUUGGAACAAUAUUGGAACAAUUGUGUACUCCCACGCUAUUUUUCUCCCUCAUGCACUUAUUUUCUUACGUACUUAUACACUCACUAACUGCUUACACAUCUCACAUAUUUCCUCACAUACUUUCCAGCUCUCUCUCUACCCCCCCUCGCUCUUCCUUUUCUCCCUCCCCCCUCUCUCUAUCCUUUUCUCCCUCCCCCCUCUCUCUUCCUCCCCCCUCUCUCUUCCCCCCCGUUCUCCUUCUCACAAACGCAGACAAAUAUUAUCACAAUUUAUACCCCCCUCUCAGUUCUCAAGUUUAAAUCGUGCCCCAAAUAAACAGAAAACAAACAAAACACCACAACUGGCAGCUACAUUCCUUUUUGAGUUCAAAGAUUGUUCUUGGUUCUAUUUUUUCAUGUCAAGUAUGCAGUAUGUAAAAAAGUUGUUUUGUUUUUGUUCAGUCUCUCUUUGUAGCUGUAUGGUGUAUUAUGUGAAUACAUAGUGUAUGUGGUACAACCCACAAUACUGUUUUAUGUUGCGCGAUAAAUAAAAAGCUAAAAAUGAAAAUCA